AUGGCGGAAGUCCUGAGGGCCGAAAGGAGAAAAGCAGCAGAAAAGAAAAGAAUUAAAACAGCAGCAGCAGCAGGAAAGAAAAUGCUGAAGUCCAGCAGCUCCGCGGGCACCAGCUGUACGUACACCCCAAACCCCACAGCGCAGCAGCAGCAGCAGCAGCAGCAGCUUCAGCACGGGCGGCGGCCGCGGCUAGGGUUUAGGGGUUUGGCGGACGUCUUCGACGUUGAAGAGCUUGAAGUGGAGAGUGCAGAGGGCGAAAGCGUAGAGGCAAAGGAGGGGAAAGAGAGCAGCAAAGGCGGGGGGGAAGCAGCAGCAGCAGCAGCAGCAGCAGCAGCAGCAGGGGCGGUGGCUGCUGGCUUUGCUGCUGCUGCUGUCAAUUACUAA